UCGGUGUUUCUUUGCUCCGGGUUCCUGGUUGGAUAAUUUGGGUUAAUACUAGUGAGUGAGGUUUUUGUGGCUUCAAAGGGUAUUUCAAGUUUCCGGAGCUCCUCCCCUCUGCACCGUGUGACAACAACAACUCGUCCAGAGAGCAGCCAGCACUUUUCAGCUCAUUUUCUCUCUGUCAUUCCCCUCUCAAUCUUUGAUCAAUGUACUUGCCAGAGAGAACUGAAGUCCUUCAAACCUCCUCUUUUUCACCUUCAUCUUUAACUUUGUGCUAGAGCAGGACCCAAAAAAACAAUAGCCAACCCCCCCCCACUCUCUCCCCCCCCCCCAAAAAAAUUCAGCCCCCAAUCCCAGCCCCCGGAGAGGACUACUCAUUUCGACUUGCGGGACACUUUUGUGCGUGUCUCUCCUGCUUCUCGCUCUUACCCCUCUGCCCUUCAAUCUGCCUUUUCCUUCUCUCUUUCUUUUCCUUUUUUUCGUUUUUCUCUCUUUCUCCCUCUUCAUCUUCCUGGGGAUUUUGCAUUCUCUCGUUCGUUCUCCCCCUUUCCUUCCCCUCCCCCUGGUGUGUGGCAACUUUUUCCACCCCCCAAUCUCCUUCUUCUCCUCUUAUAUGUCACCAUGGCCGUGCCGGCUGCUUUGAUCCCUCCGACCCAGCUGGUCCCCCCGCAACCUCCGAUCUCCACUUCUGCCUCCUCCUCCUGCACCACCACCUCCACCUCUUCGGCGACCUCCUCUCCGGGUCCCUCCAUCGGUCCCCCGGCGUCUUCAGGGCCAACCCUCUUCCGACCAGAGCCCAUCGCAGCGGCAGCGGCGGCGGCAGCGGCGGCGGCGGCAGCGGCGGCGGCGGCGGCGGCCACGGUCACCUCCACCAGCAGCAGCGGCGGCGGCGGCGGAGGCAGCGGCGGCGGCGGCGGCGGCGGCGGCGGUGGCGGCGGCUGCACGAGCAGCAACGCGGGAGGCGGCGGCGGUAACUGCAACCCCAGCCUGGUCACCCCCAACAGUAGCAGCAGCAACAGCAGCAGCACCAGCAGUGGCAACACCGGCAGCGGCGGCGGAGGCAGCUCCAACCCCAGCCUCAACGUGAGCACCGCCAGCUGCGGCAGCAGCAGCAGCAGCAGUAGCAGCAGCAGCAGCAGCAGCAGUAGCAGCAGCAGCAGCAGCAGCAGCAGCAGCUGCGGCAACCUCCCGGGGAAACCCGUGUAUUCGACCCCUUCCCCAGUGGAGAACACCCCCCAGAAUAAUGAGUGCAAAAUGGUGGAUCUGAGGGGGGCCAAAGUGGCUUCCUUCACGGUGGAGGGCUGCGAGCUUAUCUGCCUGCCCCAGGCUUUUGACCUGUUCCUAAAGCACUUGGUCGGGGGCUUGCACACUGUCUAUACCAAGCUGAAGCGGUUGGAGAUCACGCCGGUGGUGUGCAACGUGGAACAGGUUCGCAUCCUGAGGGGACUAGGGGCUAUCCAGCCCGGGGUGAACCGCUGCAAACUCAUCUCCAGGAAGGAUUUCGAGACACUCUACAAUGACUGCACCAACGCAAGUUCUAGACCUGGAAGGCCUCCUAAGAGGACUCAAAGUGUCACCUCCCCAGAGAAUUCUCAUAUCAUGCCACAUUCUGUUCCUGGCCUAAUGUCUCCUGGGAUCAUACCACCAACAGGUCUCACAGCAGCAGCUGCAGCGGCUGCUGCAGCUACCAAUGCUGCCAUAGCAGAGGCGAUGAAGGUGAAAAAAAUCAAAUUAGAAGCUAUGACCAACUAUCAUGCCAGUAAUAACCAGCAUGGAGCAGAUUCAGAGAAUGGAGAUCUGAAUUCAAGUGUUGGCAGCAGUGAUGGUUCUUGGGAUAAGGAAAAACUUCAGUCUCCCCCCACCCAAGGAUCUCAGGCCUCUGUUAACCACCCCAGCUUGCCUGGACAGCAUAACCUUCCAGUUAGUCAUCCUCUCAACCCUCUUCAGCAGAACCACCUUCUGCCAAAUGGACUGGAACUUCCUUUUAUGAUGAUGCCCCACCCUCUAAUUCCUGUCAGCCUACCUCCAGCAUCUGUCACCAUGGCAAUGAGCCAGAUGAACCACCUCAGCACCAUUGCUAAUAUGGCAGCAGCAGCACAAGUUCAGAGCCCACCAUCAAGAGUUGAGACAUCUGUUAUUAAGGAACGUGUUCCAGACAGUCCUUCCCCUGCCCCCUCUCUUGAAGAGGGUCGAAGACCUGGCAGUCAUCCAUCAUCUCACCGAAGCAGCAGCGUAUCUAGCUCCCCUGCACGGACCGAGAGUUCUUCUGAUAGAAUCCCAGCUGUCCAUCAGAAUGGGCUAUCCAUGAACCAGAUGUUGAUGGGUUUGUCACCAAAUGUGUUACCUGGUCCAAAAGAGGGGGAUCUGGCUGGCCAUGAUCUUGGCCAUGAAUCCAAAAGGAUACACAUUGAAAAAGAUGAGACCCCGCUCUCCACACCAACCGCAAGAGACAGCCUUGACAAACUUUCUCUUACUGGGCAUGGGCAACCACUACCUCCAGGUUUUCCAUCUCCUUUUCUAUUCCCUGAUGGAUUGUCCUCCAUAGAGACCCUUCUGACUAACAUCCAGGGGCUCUUGAAGGUUGCCAUAGACAAUGCCAGAGCUCAAGAGAAACAAGUCCAACUGGAAAAAACAGAGCUGAAGAUGGAUUUCCUAAGGGAACGAGAACUAAGGGAAACUCUUGAAAAGCAGCUGGCUAUGGAACAGAAGAAUAGAGCAAUAGUUCAAAAGCGGCUAAAGAAGGAGAAAAAGGCAAAGAGGAAAUUGCAGGAGGCGCUUGAAUUUGAGACCAAGCGUCGAGAACAAGCAGAGCAGACCCUAAAACAGGCAGCAUCAACAGAUAGUCUCAGGGUCUUAAAUGACUCUCUGACCCCAGAGAUAGAAGCUGACCGCAGCGGGGGCAGAACAGAUGCUGAAAGGACAAUACAAGAUGGACGACUUUAUUUGAAAACUACUGUCAUGUACUGAAUCUUCCCAUUGAAGAAGCCUGUUCUAUGGUAAAGAACUUUGCAGUAAGACAUUCACCAUUGGGAAGUACAGAAAAAACAAAAUACUUUCACAAGGGACUUCCUCAUCUUUGUGUAUCAAUGUUCUUCAAAAGUUUAAAGCAUUCUACCGAAAUUUCCUUCAUUGUUUCUCGCUAGUGGCUCAAGCUAGAGACCCUGAGAAUGUUUGUAAAUGUGCAAGUAUCCUUCUUACAAUUAAUUACUGCAACUUUGCUGCUGGACACUUGUAUACAGAAUCACAGGCAGGCCCAAACAAGGCCUAGCAUUGUUUUUUAAUGGAAUGAAAACAUUGUACUCCACUGACAAUUCUGUAUUUGAGCACAUCAAAAGAACCUUCCAGCAGUGACCUCCCAAACUUACAGACUGUUGUUUCCUCCAGAAACCAGCAAGACCAUUCUGAAAAGAACCUGUAAGGGGGCAUGAGAGGAUAACUAAAAAAAAUUAAAAAAUAAAUAAAAUAAGUAAAUUAAGAAUACUAUUCUGUUACACUGAAUUCCAACCUUACUAAUUGGGAGUUUUCUCCUGAAGAAAUUUUUUCACGUAUUUCCCAAGAGACCAAUAUACAUGGAUGCUAAGUAACAGCUAAGUAAAAUUUUAUGUAAGUAAAAAGAAACACCAAACUGUUUGAUUCUUCUCAAGGCCUCUUUUCCUGAAAAUAAUAGGUAGGGUAUUAAUUUCUCAUUCUCAACUGGUAGGGGUUAAUUGGGGGGGAGGGAGAUUUUACUUCUUAUUCAAACUGUUGGUCACAUGUACAGUAUAUAAACACAAACCACACAAGGAAGGUAUUAUGUAUGCAGUAGAAUACUAGAGUUUAGGAAAAUGAAAUUUUAGAAAAUAUGUUUUGUCACCCUGUUGGUCAGAAAGACACCAUUCUAGUUUUAACGCAUGCAGGCAUGUAAAUAUUUGUCCUGGAGUCACAGUAUUAAUGAAUGAGAUCUUAAGCGUCUGGUGACAUCAGAACUCUAUGUCAGCCACUUUGAUUUGUAAAUUGAACCAUGGUUAGUGCCCUCAACAGCACUUUGGAGAAUGGAUCGUGGCUGAGCUGCAAGUUGAAACACCAGAAAUAUUUUUAUAUGUUAAUGUCAUAUUAUGUUAAUGUUGCUGAAAAACAAAACCUAACAAACACUUGAUGUAUCAGUCCAAUACCACGUAGCGCGGAGUGAUAAAGUUGAAGUCUGUUGUGCUACCCACCCUGAUUCUGGGGAGAGGUAGUUAUGUGUCCUUUUCACUGUCUUUCUGAAAGCUACAGUAUGUGUUUUCACUUUUGUGCAGAUAACUGGAAAUAAGCUGCAACACAGUGCUUCUAGCAUAAUUAAGUUAGAGUUCUCUUGGUUUUUGCAUAAUUUGGGGUUAUCCCUUUAAAGACUGAUUUUCAUGAAUCAGCACUGUUACUAUACUUUUGUGAGUUUACUUUCUUUAUCUUUAAAGUUCUGUGCUCAUCAAAAAUUAUUUAUUACAUGAAAACAUAUCAAAACAAAAAUACCUAACAUUUUUUGAAAUAUAGUUCAAUUGGAUAUUAAAGUUAUUUGAUCCAAAAAAAAUCCAGUAUUUUUUAAAUUCUAGAGCUGAGCUCAUAUAAUUUUUAGGUCUUCCUUGCAAUAUUGGUACACAUUUCUUUCAUGUGGCCCAUCACCAAUUCACUUCAGCUUUUUUUUUCUUAAGGUAAAAAACAAAUUAACAAGUUGUAUAUACAAGCUCACAUUUUAGCUUGCUUAAGAACAGGAGCAAUAUGUUUUCAUUUAAAAUAUUGUUACUAAGUUCUCUGUAGGAACUUUGUUUUCUAAGCAUGUUUGUUCCAUUACCCUUCCUGUCCUCUUUGUUGCCUGAGCAUGAUACCCUAUACUCUAGGUUUAUUUUUUUUUUUCAUAUACAGUCUUUAAAGGGUAACAGUUUCAGAAUCGGAUGGACUUAUGGCAAGCUUUCGAAUCAUAGAUAUUUGGAAAGAGAAAAAAAAAAGCCUACAGCUGAAAAUAUGUAGUAGCAUCUGGCAUUGCUCUGCUCCUUGCAUAGAGUCACCUGUAAGUAGGUUUACUAGUUUUUAAAUAUAUUCUUUCCAUACUUUUGAGAAUGCCUCAGUGUUUGGUUUGACAUAAAUGGAAAUGUUCACGUGGAUCAAGGGGGAAAAAACUAUCAGUUAUAUGUUAAGAAAGAAGCUUACUAACAUGGUGUAAAUAUUACAAUUCACGAAAUGUUACCGUAAGUUAAGGGUUUUUUUUUUUUGUCCCUCUUUAGUUAUACAGGUUGAUUUGUUUGUUUGUUUUGCAUAGAUGAUGAAUAAAAUUGUGCUCAUGCUAUUGUUUAUAUGCUUUUGUAAUCUUAAAGAUAUUCAUGUCUAGUUGUUCUAUAUUAUAACCACAUUUGCGCUCUAUGCAAGCCCUUGGAACAGAACAUACUCAUCUUCAUGUAGGACCUAUGAAAAUUGUCUAUUUUUAUCUAUAUAUUUAAAGUUUUCUAAAAAUGAAAAAAGGUUAUUACGAAUUUUGUUGUACAAAAUCUGUACAAAAAUCUGUUUUUACAUCAUAAUGCAAGAAUUGGAAAUUUUUCUAUGGUAGCCUAGUUAUUUGAGCCUGGUUUCGAUGUGAGAACCACGUUUACUGUUAUUGUAUUUAAUUUUCUUUUUCUUUUCAACAAUCUGCUAAUAAAACUGUCUGAAAUCUC